AUGGUUCCGACAUAUGCUUCUGACAACUCCAGCUCUCCCGAGAGCCAAAUUUCUCCGCCUGCUGCAGCCGGCCAGCAGCAUGUCUUGACUUUCAGCUCUUCCCCUGAUGAGCCUUCCACGACGUCCAUUCUGCCCAAGCGGCAAAAAAGAUUCGCAGCCAAAGUAAAGACUGGAUGCAUGACAUGUCGACGUCGACGCAUAAAGUGUGAUGAAGGCAAGCCGUCAUGUAAAAAAUGUUCGUCUUCGGGGAGAGACUGUGAAUAUCCUCCCAUAAGCUUCCGCUUUGCCGUCAACAAAUCCAUUGAGGCAAUGCCUGUGCAGCACAAACCUCUCCAUAUACAACCGAAACUAAGUAUAGCACCGCAUGGCAUCAGAGUCAGCCGUCAGGAAUCACACAUCUUUGACCUCUUCCGCCUGCGCACGGUCCAUCAAGUUGGCGGCAGCUUCAACCAUGCCUUUUGGGCUGGUGAUGUGCUGCGCGCAGCACGUGUCUAUCCAGCCGUCUGGCAUGCAUGCCUUUCUUUCGCCGCUCUUGACCACAGGGCGAAAAAGCCUACCGCUCCAGAAGUCGACAAGAACACAUUAUAUGCUUUUUCUCUGCUGCAACACAACGCCUCCAUUAGACACAUGGUCAAGAUUGCGCAGCAGACUUCCCCGAGCUACGCCGAUCAGGAGACGUUCAUGCUCAGAUGUGCCGAAGCCAAACUGGCGUUCCCCAUGGUCACCUUGCCUGGGGACAUUGCGAAGAUCGAGGAUUAUGACGGCACAAUUCGGGAAUACAAGAGCCGGCUUGCUGUUUGGAGUUCGAAAUUCAAAGCACUACUAGAUACGCAGCCUGACAACGCUUCGACCAAGCACGGGGCAAUUCAACUUCAACUCAUGGAAGUGGCGGUGAAUCAGAGGCAAAGCAAGGCAUCGACGGCCAAGGAUUUUCGUAUUCCGUUCGUAGCCGCCAUGUGCGCUGCUGUCAUUGACCUGGAGGAAGGGACGUGGUACGAGGCCCGAUCGAUCGCGCCAGACGUGUGCACCUGCGUGCAUGAAGAAUUCAUCUGCAACAACCACCGGGUUGGCCGUCUCGAGUUGAAGAUGUCGCCUCCGGGACAGGCGUCUGUUCAUUUUCGAUCUGUGAGCGAUGUUCGACACCAGCGCGAAGGCUUGACAAAGGCGGUUUCCAUGGGCGAGGCGCGGGCUCGGUAG